AUGUUCUUAAAACAGGCGAAGGGUAGACGCUUGUCCCUCGCACUGCUGUUGUGUUUGCUUCAUACGAUAUGUUUGCAUAGCAUCUGUACAGGGAAAAAUCCCAGAAGGGUCUACAAACCUGGUGGGUUAAAAAAGGUGCCAUUUGAAUUGUCCUCUCCUUCCAAAGGAAUAAUAACAAAGUGGAGAAAAAACGGAGGAGGAAGAAGAAGAAGAAGGCAUGUUGAAUACUACCCCCAUUUUUUAAGCAAUUCAAAUAUAGGCCGGAUAAAAAAGGGGAAAUCUAUUUCGAUAUAUAGCAGAAAAUGUAGUGGAUAUCGAAACACCAGAGAAGGAAAGAACGAAAUGAUAAGAAAAAUAAAAAGAAUUUUAAAAGUAACAAAGCUAUUAAUACAGUUAAAUAGCUUCAAAUUAACUCCAAAUAUGAGGAUGGAUUUGUUAAUAAAUUUGCCCAGACCGCAUGUACGUGUUCAUAUGGUUAAAAAUACGUUAAUGAAGCUAGCUGUAGAGAAUACACCAUUUGAAGCCAUCGUACCCCACCUCAAGGAAAGCAACACCUAUAUGUUUAUUAUGGAUGAAAAUUACAUAGCCUUUACUCUGUAUGGCAAUAAAUCGUUUAGUUCGAUGUAUAAGGAAUACAAAAUAAAUAAUUUUAUAAAAUUGUCUGUUUAUGAGAAUACAAUUUUGAAUAAAAGUGAAACGGAAAAUUUAAUAAAUUUAAAAACACACAGUUUUUAUUUUGGGCAAGUGGUGAACAAGCUUGUCCGAUUGAUUGGGGACAUUCCUCGUUCCAUUAUGCAGGUCCCCGCCUCCAUAGCGCGUGGUAUUUAUUUGCACACGCAGAGGGGCGCCCAUCAGGGGCAGGCGCAGUGA